UGUUCUUCCAACCCCCACCAACAGCUCAAGAUCCCCGAAGAUCUUCUCCUGGGACGCCCUUAUAUGGAAAGUAGUAGCGCCAUUUUUAAAGUGGUGAAGAACCGACGGAAGUUCUCCAUAACUAACUACCACGAGAGGACCGGCGAAGAUGAUGAUCACGGCUGCGAUAGGAAGAAGAAGCAUAGAGAGAUCGAGAGGCAAAGACGGCAAGAGAUGGCUUCGCUUUGCACAAGUCUUAGAUCCAAGCUGCCCCUCGAAUCCAUCAAGGGAAAGCGUUCUAUGUCGGAUCACAUGAACGAGGCUGUGAAUUACAUCAAACACCUGCAGGCGAAGAUCGGAGAGCUGAGCGUCAAGAGAGAUGACCUCAAGAGCAUUCAUAGUUUGACUGCCCUCGGCUCUCCUAGCUCCGAUCUUUCAUGCUCGACCACGUUUAAGGUCAAUUUAAGUACCGAGAGCAUGGAAAUCGUGAUCAGCAGAAGCAUCGGGGAAAAGGAUUUGCUGUUAUCUACAGUACUAGAGCUACUGCUUCAACAAGGAAUUGAUGUUGUCAGCUGUUUUUCCAGUCGAGUCAAUGAUAGGGUAGGCCACACAAUCCACUGCGAGCUGGCUGAUGGGGACGGAAGUUUCGAUUUAACUGAGUUGGAGGGGGAACUCAAGGGGCUGCUCAUUCCGGCGCUGAACCCUUAAUUGCAAUUCGCAAGUAAUCUAACAUAUGACUACCAAGACUGUUGUUAAUACUAGAGAGGAUUUGUGACCCUAAUGGAAGGAUGAGGCCUCCUGCUUGGUUUUAACUCAGUUUCUGAUAUUGGAAGAGGUAUGAGAUUUUGAUUGUAGGCUUGUAGUAGCUUUUGAAAUAUGCAAAAUUGUACCUUCCAUGCAAAAAGAAAACAGAAAGGUAUGGCGAGAACUGAUGAGCUUCGUUGUAGACAGCAAAAAGAAAGAAAUUUCCUAGCUAAUCGGUAUGCACUGCUUGUAAGUUGUGGGUAACUGACAUAUAUAAUAUGCUUGUCUUUGCACAAUCUACCAAGAGUUUCCAUGCUUUCCCAUGCAUUUAAUAGGCCAAGGAGAGAAUG